GCGACAGCCGGGUCCUUCUUGUUUCCGCAGCAGCCCGUGGCUCUGGAACCUUCUGACCGGCACCGGCUGUAUCCACCAGAAUCCGACUCCAUCCGCAGCCGAAACGUGGUCUUUCAGCACCGUGGUCCAUCAGUCCCGACCUGAAGACCCUGCCCGACAUUUCUAAUUUUUUGUAACGUCGCGAUGCCCGAAGCGAUGGCGGUACCGAGAGCCUUAAGCGGAGGCAGAUACAAAGGAGGGGCGUAUGUGGACCGCGACAAGCCGGCCCAGAUUCGGUUCAGUAACAUCUCCGCCGCUAAAGCUGUUGCAGACGCCAUCAGAACCAGCCUGGGACCCAAAGGAAUGGACAAGAUGAUCCAGGAUGAGAAAGGCGACGUGACCAUUACCAACGACGGCGCCACCAUCCUGAAGCAGAUGCAGGUUCUCCACCCUGCUGCCAAAAUGCUGGUGGAACUUUCUAAGGCCCAGGACAUCGAGGCCGGAGACGGCACCACGUCUGUGGUGGUGAUCGCCGGAGCUCUGCUGGAUGCCUGCUACAAACUGCUGCUCAAAGGAAUCCACCCCACCACCAUCUCCGAGUCCUUCCAGAAGGCGGUGGACAAAGGCGUGGAGGUGCUGACGGCCAUGAGCCGCCCGGUGCAGCUGAGCGACCGCGAGACGCUGCUCAACAGCGCCACCACGUCGCUGUGCUCCAAGGUGGUGUCGCAGUACUCCAGCCUGCUGGCGCCGAUGAGCGUGGACGCCGUCAUGAGAGUCAUCGACCCGUCCACUGCCACCCGCGUCGACCUGCAGGACAUCAAGAUCAUCAAGAAGCUCGGCGGAACCAUCGAUGACUGUGAGAUGGUGGAUGGCCUGGUUCUGACCCAGAAGGUGGCCACCAGUGUGACCCGCGUCGAAAAGGCCAAGAUCGGCCUCAUCCAGUUCUGCCUGUCCCCGCCCAAAACUGACAUGGACAACCAGAUCGUGGUGUCGGACUACGCUCAGAUGGACCGCGUUCUCCGCGAGGAACGCGCCUACAUCCUCAACCUGGUGAAGCAGAUUAAGAAGGCCGGCUGCAACCUGCUGCUCAUCCAGAAGUCCAUCCUCAGAGACGCCCUGAGUGACCUCGCCCUGCACUUCCUCAACAAAAUGAAGAUCAUGGUGGUGAAAGAGAUCGAGAGAGAGGACAUCGAGUUCAUCUGCAAGACCAUCGGCACCAAACCCAUCGCCCACAUCGACCACUUCACCCCGGAGAUGCUCGGCUCAGCAGAGCUGGCGGAGGAGGUCCACCUGGACGGAUCCGGAAAACUGAUCAAGAUCACAGGCUGCACGACUCCCGGGAAAACGGUGAGCAUCGUGGUCCGAGGCUCCAACAAGCUGGUGAUCGAGGAGGCGGAGCGUUCGAUUCACGACGCGCUGUGUGUCAUCCGCUGUCUCGUCAAGAAGAGGGCCCUGAUUGCCGGCGGCGGCGCCGGAGAGAUCGAGCUGGCUGUGCGUCUGGCAGAGUACUCUCGUACACUGGGUGGCAUGGAGGCCUACUGUGUGCGGGCGUACGCCGACGCUCUGGAGGUGAUUCCCUCCACGCUGGCCGAGAACGCCGGCCUGAGCCCCAUCUCCACUGUGACGGAGCUCCGCAACAGGCACGCGCAGGGUGACAAGAUGGCCGGCAUCAACGUCCGCAAGGGCGGCAUCUCCAACAUCCUGGAGGAGCUGGUGGUGCAGCCUCUGCUGGUGUCCAUCAGCGCUCUGACCCUGGCCACAGAGACCGUCCGUAGCAUCCUCAAGAUCGACGACUUGGUAAACACUCGAUAAAGUGACACCAUGAAGCCUGUGCCCGCUGUGAGGGAUCAGAGGAUUCUGUCCAGUGCAGAUCAUCCGCUGUAGUUUGUUACGUUGCAUAAUUUAAUAAUAAAACAAAGGCUUGUUUGUUUUUUUCUGUUCA